UGAGCUCAUGUUGUGACGUCAUAGAUCCUACAUGCUGCUCCUGCAAACCCCAAAAAUUUCAUGAAUUCAUCAUCAACUACCGACAGGAGCAGCAGCAACUAACAUUGCUUAGCAGCACAUUUUAUUCUACUGCUGUACAUCAGUAACUGGUGAAAUGGAUUUUAAACUGUCAACACUGUACGUUGGUAAUCUACAUCCUGAAGUAACAGAAUCCGUGUUGGUGCAGAAAUUUAGUCCUGCAGGCCAAAUUCACUCCGUCCAUGUCUGCAGAUGCUGGAAAACUCAUGUUUCACUUGGCUAUGCAUAUGUCAACUUUUACAAGCAACCCGAAGCUGAGCGUGCACUGGCGACACUCAAUAAUAAAAUCCUUAUUGGAAAGCCCAUGAGAGUCAUGUGGUGUCAGAAGGAUUCCACCUUGAGGAAGAGGGGCGUUGGAAACUUAUUCAUCAAAAACUUAGAUUUGUCAAUGACUAACAGCACGGCACUUUUUGACUUCUUCUCAGUUUUUGGAAAAGUCCUGUCAUGCAAGUUUGUCACUUACAAAAAAGGGCCAAAAGGGUACGGCUACGUCCAAUUUGAGUCUCAAGAAGUGGCGAAUUUGGCAAAGGAGGAACUCGACGGCAAAGUUUUUAACAACCAUAAAAUCUCCGUUGAGCACUUUAAAUCUCAUGAGGAACGUGAAGCUGAGGCACACAGGACUUCAGCAAAAAGCCGCCGCACCCAGGACUUCAGCAAAAAGCAGAGAGAGGGCCUUGACCUCUACUUAAAGAACCUGGAUGAGCAUAUAAAUGAGGAGUUCCUGCACAAGGAAUUUUCCAAAUUUGGAACCGUCACUGGAACAAAGGUCAUUAUGCAGAAUGGCCGCUCCAUGGGGUACGGCUUUGUGCGAUUUUCAUCUGCUGAGGAUGCCAUGAAGGCUAAGGAGGAGAUAAAUGACAUUGUGUGGGGCGAAAAGAAAGUUUUUGUGGAUGUGGCUCAGCGGCAAAAAGGUCACCAGAAUGCCCCUGUCCACAGUAAUGUGCAGAGGACAGGGAGGGUGCAGACUCAGAAUCAGGCUAUAAUACCAAAAAGGAAGGUUAAGACAACUAAAAAAUUUGAACAGGAACAAACACCACCUGAAGAUACAACUGUUGAAGAGGAACCAGCACCACUUCAAAAUACAACUGUUGAAGAGGAACAAUUUCCACCUGAAUAUCCAUUUGUUGAAGAGAAAACAGUGUUACCUCUAGUUCCAGCUGUUGAAGAGGAACCAGCACCACUUCAAGAUACAACUGUUAAAGAGGAACCAGCACCACCUCAAUAUCCAUUUGUUGAAGAGGAACCAGCACCACUUCUAGAUACAACUGUUAAAGAGGAACCAGCACCACCUCAAUAUCCAUUUGUUGAAGAGGAACCAUUUCCACCUCACUAUCAAUUUGUUGAAGAGAAAACAGUGUUACCUCUAGCUCCAGCUGUUGAAGAAGAACCAGCACCACUUCAAGAUAGAACUGUUGAAGAGGAACCAGCACCACCUCAAUAUCAAUUUGUUGAAGAGAAAACAGUGUUACCUCUAGCUCCAGCUGUUGAAGAAGAACCAGCACCACUUCAAGAUAGAACUGUUGAAGAGGAACCAGCACCACCUCAAUAUCAAUUUGUUGAAGAGAAAACAGUGUUACCUCUAGCUCCAGCUGUUGAAGAGGAACCAGCACCACUUCAAGAUAGAACUGUUGAAGAGGAACCAGCACCACCUCAAUAUCAAUUUGUUGAAGAAAACAGUGUUACCUCUAGCUCCAGCUGUUGA